CCUCAAAGGACUCAAGUUGGAAGGUGAAAAAGAGAAGAGAUUUUAGACAAAAUACACCUCCCACAUAUCUCUUAUUGGUCCGUCAAAAGAGCUACGAGAGAAAAGACGGGCUAUUUGAGGUAACGCUGCCAAGCGAACAUCAAAGAACUCGAGAAAACAGCCGUUUGCUUGUAAAAACAGCAUGUCUCCCGAGGGUUGCUGGUUACGCGGAG